GGGGGUGUUGGAUAUAUUAUUCAAAUUUAUUUCCAAAUCUCUCAUUUUGUUUUCUUCAGGAUUUACUUUUUGACAUUGAAACUCGCCGAUUAGUCAAAUUCGUUUUACACACAAACGUCCCAGGCCAUUUUGAUUUUGGUAUUUAUGAUAGAUGUGAAUUUAUAUUAAAAGCUGAAACUAAAUCGAUGGAAGAAUUAAAUAUUGGGACUGAAUCGAAACUGGAAUCUUUCCGUUCACUUUUUGAUCACCAACCCAAUUCAAACAUUACGUCAGGGAAUAAUGAUACUUUCAGUGGUCCUGUAGUAUUAAACAAAAGUUCGUCUGAAGGGGAAAAUCCUUUUGGAUCUUCAUUUUGUUAUGGAACAGAUCAAAUGAUUUUUGAAGUUUUGGAUAAUGGGCAUAUUGCUAGUGUUGUACUUUUUGACCCUUUAUUAGGGCCUUGA